AUGGCCAAUGUCCAGCGCGAGCGUGAGCUCACACGCUGGAUGAUCAGCAGCCUUGCGACUCGAGGACCAGUGAAGCCCUGCAAGAAGCUGCAGAAGCCGCAGGAGACCUCCAACCUGAACGCCGGGGCGGCAGACUGGUCCCAAAAGGAGGAGAACUGGUCCCCAUACAUGACGCCCGCUCCUGUUUGGAGGGCCAGGCAGCGGUUGCCUCAGAUCGCUGCCGCCAACGUCAAGAGCCCUGCGCCCUCGAAGCCCACUGUCGAGGCCACGCCAACCUUGCCGGCGGUGAACCAAAGCCGCCGAUCUACAAAUUGA